CGACACCCCGACGAGCAUGUCGCCGAAUCGAUGGAUCCUGCUGCUCAUCUUCUACAUAUCCUACCUGAUGUUCGGGGCGGCGAUCUAUUAUCACAUCGAGCACGGCGAGGAGAAGCUGGCCCGCGCCGCCGAGUGGAAGGAGCAAGUUGAUAUCAACGAAUAUCUUCUGGAUGAGCUGGCCGACAAGAACCGGACCACCCAGAACGAGAUUCUCGAGCGGAUCUCGGACUAUUGUGGCAAACCGGUGACCUUGCCCACGCAAAAUGAUACGCCCUACACGUGGACCUUCUACCACGCCUUCUUCUUCGCCUUCACCGUCUGCUCAACGGUGGGCUAUGGCAACAUAUCGCCGACCACCUUUGCCGGACGGAUGAUAAUGAUAGCGUACUCGGUGAUUGGAAUCCCCGUCAACGGAAUCCUCUUCGCGGGGCUGGGUGAAUACUUUGGGCGCACGUUUGAAGCGAUCUACAGGCGAUACAAAAAGUACAAGAUGUCCUCGGACAUGCACUAUGUUCCGCCGCAACUGGGAUUAAUCACCACCGUGGUUAUCGCCCUGAUUCCGGGCAUAGCCCUCUUCCUGCUGCUGCCCUCGUGGGUGUUCACCUACUUCGAGGACUGGCCCUAUUCCAUUUCGCUGUACUACAGCUAUGUGACCACGACCACGAUAGGUUUUGGUGACUAUGUGCCCACGUUUGGAGCUAAUCAGCCUCGCGAGUUUGGCGGCUGGUUCGUGGUUUAUCAGAUCUUUGUGAUCGUGUGGUUUAUCUUCUCCCUGGGCUAUCUGGUCAUGAUCAUGACAUUUAUCACUCGGGGACUCCAGAGCAAGAAGCUGGCGUACCUGGAGCAGCAGUUGUCCUCCAACCUGAAGGCCACUCAAAAUCGCAUCUGGACAGGCGUCACCAAGGAUGUGGGCUACCUAAGGCGAAUGCUCAAUGAGCUCUACAUCCUCAAAGUGAAGUUUUGUCGAAAGGGAAAUAGAAAGAAGUCGAAGAAUAAGGCUAAGACUGAGCAGAAAAAGAAGAAGAGCGGCCGAAAUAUCGCCUACACCCUGCCCCGCUCCAAUUCGUGUCCGGAUCUGAGCAUGUACCGCAUAGAGCCUGCCCCGAUUCCCAGCCGGAAGAGAGCCUUCUCGGUGUGCGCCGACCUGGCUGCCGCCCAGCGGGAGGCGGGCACAAUGGUGCACGCCAGCUCGGACACGGAGCUGAGCAAGCUGGAUCGCGAGAAGACGUUCGAGACGGCGGAGGCGUACCGCCAGACCACCGAUCUGCUGGCCAAGGUGGUCAGUGCUCUGGCCACGGUGAAGCCACCGCCGGCGGAGGCCGAGGAUGCUGCUUUGUACGGUGGCUAUCACGGCUUCUCCGACUCCCAGAUCCUGGCCAGCGAAUGGUCCUUCUCGACGGUGAACGAGUUCAGCACGCCGCGUCGCCCACGCCAACGUGCCUGCUCCGAUUUCAAUUUGGAGGCGCCGCGCUGGCAGAGCGAGCGACCACUGCGCUCCGGCCACAACGAGUGGACGUGGAGCGGCGACAACCAGCAGAUCCAGGAGGCCUUCAAUCAGCGCUACAAGGGCCAGCAGUCGAACGGAGCAGCCAUGGUCCAUCUGGAGCCGGAUGCUUUGGAGGAGCAGCUGAAGAAGCCAUCGCCGCCGGGAGCAGCGGGUCGCGUCAAGAAGUUCUCCAUGCCGGAUGGCCUGCGUCGCCUGUUCCCCUUCCAAAGGAAGCGACCCUCGCAGGAUUUGGAGCGCAAGUUGUCGGUGGUUUCGGUGCCCGAGGGCGUCCACUCGCAGCAGGCACGAUCUCCGAUGGAUUACUACAGCAACACGGUCACAGCGGCCUCCAGUCAGUUUUAUUUGCGCAACGGACGUGGUCCUCCGCCGGCCUUCGAAUCGAAUGGCAGUUUGGCCAGCACCGGCGGCGGGUUGACCAACCUGGGUUUCCAGCUGGAGGAUGGGUCGACUCCACUGGGCGGCGGAGGAGCAGGAGGAGCCUAUCAGCGGAGGGCUCCAGCUGGAAAGCGACGACGCGAGAGCAUCUACACGCAGAAUCCGGCGCCCUCCGCUCGCCGGGGUAGCAUGUAUCCGCCCACUGCGCAAGCGAUGGCCCAAAUGCAGAUGCGACGCGGCAGCCUGGCCACCAGUGGCUCCGCUGGUUCGGCGGCCAUGGCAGCGGUGGCCGCUCGUCGGGGCAGCCUCUUCCCAGCCACCGCAUCCUCGUCGGUAGGAUCCAUGGCUCCGCGUCGCAGCAGCAUCUUCUCGGUGACCUCCGACAAGGACAUGAAUGUCCUGGAGCAGACGACCAUUGCGGAUUUGAUACGCGCUUUGGAGGUGGUACACACCCAUGCCGUGCUGGAUGAACAGCAGCAGCAGCAGGCGGCGGCGACCGCAGGUGGAGGAGCAUCAUCCAAGGGCAGCCGUAAGCAGCGCAAGAUGGGCAAUGCUGGUUUGGAUCCACCGCAGCUGCCGCCCAUCCUUUCCCUCUUUGCCGGCGAUCAAACGCGUUCGCUGCAGGCGGCGGCGGCCAAUCGGCUGUACGCUCGUCGCUCCACCAUUGUUGGCAUAUCACCCACCCAGGGAGGAGGAGCAGCCGGGCCGCCGCCCAGCUACACCGAGCGAGCCGGAAGUCAGAGCGCCACUUCCGUUUCCGGUCCCUCGUCAAAUGCAACAGGAGCAGCAGCAACAGGAGCAGCAGCAACAACAACAACUGGGCAGGGCAAGUUCCGUCGUCGCUUCAGCGUGAGGCCGACUGCCCUGCAGAUUCCACCUGGACAGGCGCCGCCACCAGGUGCCAAUUUGAUGGAUUCGUCCUCGCAAUCGGCGCUCCAGCGACGCCUCUCGCUGCGUCCUUCGCCGCUGGCCCGCGAACUGUCGCCCACCUCGCCGCCCGGCGGAACGGCCAACGAGGAGUCGGGAGUCAGCGGUACGUCCGCCCAGCGGCUGUUGCCUUUGAACGCCGCCACCAGGCCGAGCACCAGCAGCACCCACUCGCCGCUCUCGAGGAUCGUGCAGAUCUCGCAGGCGCAGCGCAAGAGCAGCAUGCCCAGCACGGCGGCGGGAUCGGGAUCGGGUGCGGGUUCCGAGAAGUAGUUUCCUUGAUAGUUCUGUAAUCCAUUAGAUGUAUUUGCCAACCUCUCGUUUAUCGUCCAUGUCCAAGGGGAUUGUUUGCAUCCCGUUUAUAGUCGAUAAGGCUGCCAAAAGUCCCUAGUUGUUAUUAUAAUAUUACCUAUAACCCAUUUACAAGCGUAUAUCCAGUUAUCCUAGUGUUAUGUAUUUUUAAAACUAUCUCUCUCUCUCUAUUGUUAUCCUGUAUUUAUACCCAUCUGUAUCUGCAUCUAUAUCCUAAUCUAUAUAUAUGUAUAUUCCUUUUAUGUAUCUUGCUAAGAAGGGGCUUAUAUGAACAAAACAAUCCACAUGUUUUCAGGCAUUCGAUUGGGACUCGAAAAGGGAUCUCGAUACGGAUGUCAUUUUCCAUUUAGCUCUUAGAGUGACUUCAUUUCCCCAAACAUUCCACAUGCUGUUAUAUGUACAAUAAAGAUAAUCUGCGAAAAUA